ACCACAAAUCUCUCUCUCUUCUUCUCUUCACUUCUCUCUCUCCCGCGCGCCCAAGUCGCCUCCCUUCGCUACUCUUUCUCCGAUCGUCGUCUCCACCUCUCUUUUACUUUCGUCGUCCUCUCAAAUCUUUCUCAUUCUCCAUCUACCUCUCUUUCGUUGCGCAGCCGGAGGAUAGAUUCUCUGUCCAGAUUUGUUGGUCUGCUUCCGAUUUAUAUUGGUUCACCAUCCUUAUCCGUACAUCUCUCCGGUCCGAUCCGUGGAGGUUGAGAGAACGGUGUGAAUGAGUGUACUCUUUAUAAGUUGAUAGAAUGGAAGAAGAUGAUGAAAGAAAGCUCGCAGAAGAAGCUGAUGUUACUGAUAACCCUGAUAUAGCUAAUCCUUUGCAGAAUCGGAUUGAGGCAUUUGAUAUAGGGGAUUCUUAUGGUUUUAUUGCUAAGGAUGAUACGGCAUUGCAAGAGAUCAGUUCAGCUGAUAGAGUCUUCAAGGAUGAUGAUUUUGAACAAGUGUCUCUGGGAGAUCAGGAAAAAGCUGUCAAUGAAUCACAUGGUGAAAUUAAGGAGCCUGGAAGCACUUCAAAUUCUGAUCUUGGGAGGUCUUCUUUUGGUGGCACUGAAGGAGUUACUAAUCAGUUGUCCGGGACUCAGGAGAUGUUUGAUUUGAUGCCCAUGGAUGAUGUGCAAAGUGACCGACUUUCUAGCCCUGGACCUGAGAGAGACGCACCUGAUCCUAUGCAGCAGUCCCUGUCUGAAACUAGUCUGGAUUCUUUCCACCAUCCAGAAUCUGGGUAUUCCCCAGUUCACUCCCCGCAGAAACCCAAGCCAAAGGCUACGGUUCCAAAUGUUUCUCCAGAGCUACUGCAUCUAGUGGAUUCAGCCAUUAUGGGGAAACCUGAAAGCUUAGACAAACUUAAGAAUGUUGUCAGCGGUGUUGAGAGUUUUGGUGCUGGAGAAGAGUCAGAGGCCACUGCUUUCCUUGUUGUCGAUUCACUUAUUGCCACCAUGGGUGGAGUUGAGAGUUUUGAAGAGGAUGAAGACAGCAACCCUCCUAGUGUCAUGUUAAAUUCCCGUGCUGCAAUUGUUUCUGGUGAGCUUAUUCCUUGGCUUCCUGUUUUAGGUGAUAGCGUUAAUUUUAUGUCCCCAAGGACUCGCAUGGUUCGGGGUUUGCUGGUUAUUUUACGGUCAUGCACGAGAAACAGAGCUAUGUGUUCCACGGCAGGGUUAUUGGGGGUUUUGUUGCGAUCAGUGGAAGAGAUAAUUUUCAAGGAUGUUGAUAUGAAAUGGAGUGCUGCUUCUGUUCUGUUACUAUGCAUCCAACAUCUAGCUGGACACUCCCUUAGUGUCGAUGAUUUACACAGGUGGCUUCAGCUUAUCAAAACAGCGAUUACAACAGCGUGGUCAAGUCCGUUGAUGCUUGCUUUGGAGAAGACAAUGAGUGGAAAGGAAUCAAGGGGACCUGCUUGUACUUUUGAAUUUGAUGGUGAAAGCUCUGGCUUACUUGGUCCCGGAGAAAGUCGUUGGCCCUUUACCAAUGGCUACGCAUUUGCAACAUGGAUCUAUAUUGAAUCAUUUGCUGACACAUUAAAUGCUGCAACUGCGGCAGCUGCAAUUGCUGCUGCCGCAGCAGCCAAGUCAGGGAAAACAUCCGCCAUGUCAGCUGCAGCGGCUGCGAGUGCCCUCGCUGGUGAGGGUACUGCUCAUAUGCCACGUUUGUUCAGCUUUUUGUCCGCUGAUAAUCAGGGAAUAGAAGCCUAUUUCCAUGCUCAGUUUCUGGUGGUUGAGAGUGGUAGCGGGAAAGGAAGAAAGUCUUCGCUGCAUUUUACGCAUGCAUUUAAGCCUCAAUGUUGGUAUUUUAUUGGUCUCGAGCAUAGCUGCAAGCAGGGGCUUCUGGGGAAAGCCGAGAGUGAAUUACGGCUUUAUAUUGAUGGAUCCUUGUACGAAAGUCGUCCUUUUGAUUUCCCUCGUAUAUCCAAGCCCCUCUCUUUCUGUUGCAUUGGCACAAAUCCUCCUCCUACUAUGGCUGGUCUACAACGUCGUCGUCGUCAAUGUCCUUUGUUUGCAGAGAUGGGACCAGUUUAUAUAUUUAAGGAACCAAUUGGUCCUGAGAGAAUGGCGCGCUUGGCUUCUAGAGGUGGGGAUGUUUUGCCUUGUUUUGGGAAUGGGGCAGGCCUUCCUUGGCUAGCUACAAAUGACUAUGUACGUAAUAGGGCAGAGGAAAAUAGUAAUUUGGAUGCAGAUAUUGGAGGAUAUACUCACCUGCUUUACCACCCUUGUCUGCUAAGUGGGCGGUUUUGCCCAGAUGCUUCACUUUCGGGAGCAGCAGGCACUCUAAGGCGACCAGCUGAGGUUCUUGGACAAGUCCAUGUUGCAACGAGAAUGAAGCCAGUGGAGUCCUUCUGGGCCCUAGCUUAUGGAGGACCCAUGUCCCUGCUUCCUUUGACCGUAAGCAAUGUGCAGAAAGAUAGCUUGGAGCCAUGUCCUGGAAAUCUUCCAUUGUCUUUGUCCACAGUAACUCUUGCUGCUCCUGUAUUUAGAAUCCUAUCAGUUGCUAUUCAACAUCCUGGGAACAAUGAAGAGUUGUGUCGUAAUCAGGGACCCGAGAUUCUUGCUAGAAUUCUGAGUUAUCUUCUACACUCACUUGCAUCCCUCGACAGGAAGCAUGGCGGAGUGGAAGAAGAGGAACUGGUUGCUGCCAUUGUUUCUCUUUGCCAAUCUCAGAAGAUCAAUCAUGUUCUUAAAGUGCAGCUCUUUCGCACACUUCUAUUAGAUUUAAAGAUAUGGAGCCUAUGCAAUUAUGGACUCCAGAAGAAGCUAUUGUCAUCCCUUCAAGAUAUGGUUUUCACUGAAGCAACAGCCAUGAGGAAUGCCGAAGCUAUUCAGCUGCUUCUAGAUGGCUGUCGAAGAUGCUAUUGGAUGAUUUCUGAGAAGGAUUCGGAGACCACUUUUCCUCUUGACGGGAAUACGCGUCAAAUGGGGGAACUUAAUGCUCUGAUUGAUGAACUUCUGGUGAUUAUUGAACUUCUAAUGGGAGCAGCAUCUCCUUCUUUAGCUGCUGAUGACCUCCGUCAGUUACUUGGUUUCAUAAUUGACAGUCCACAGCCAAAUCAGGUUGCGAGGGUAUUACACCUUAUGUAUAGGUUAGUUGUACAGCCGAAUGCUGCAAGAGCUCAGAUGUUUGCAGAGGUAUUUAUAACAUCAGGUGGGAUAGAAACACUUCUUGUUCUGCUGCAGCGAGAAGCUAAAACUGGUGAGGAUAAUGUUUUAGCUAUGGGUAAGAGUAGAACAAGGUCAUCAACUGAUCAAAGUGAAAAGAGUCAGAACAACGGGUCUGGUUCUGUAAAAAAGUUGGAUUCCGGUGUUGACCCUUCUGGUCCUGAUGGAAAUUCUGUUGAGGAUGAUAAUGUAGGGUCUCCGAAUGAACCAGCAUCAGAUCCACAAGAAAAUGAGCAUGUAUUUUCAUCUGUCAUUUGUGAUAAUGACUCGAUUUCCAUUACCAAUUCCAUAGAUACUGAGAGAAUAUUGUCUGUUUCUGAAAUUGGUGGUAUAAGUCUUUCGAUUAGUGCUGAUAGUGCAAGAAAUAACGUGUACAAUGUUGACAAUAGUGAUGCUGUUGUCGUUGGGAUCAUUAGAUUGAUUGGUGCUUUAAUUUCUAGUGGGCACCUAACAUUUGAUUCGGUUGCCCGUUCUGAUUUGACAAGUAACAUCCUGGGUAGUGGACUCCAUGAAAAUGGAGGAACGAUGUUUGAUGAUAAAGUCGCAUUGCUCCUAUUUGCUUUGCUGAAAGCAUUUCAAUCUGCUCCAAACAGGCUGAUGACUGACAACGUCUAUACAACUUUGCUUGGAGCCUCGAUCAAUGCUUCAUCAACAGAAGAUGGCCUUAACUUUUAUGAUUCAGGUCAUCGCUUUGAACACUCCCAACUUUUGUUAGUCCUCCUGCGGUCUCUACCAUCUGCGUCCAUGGCUCUACAAAGCCGAGCACUUCAGGAUCUUCUCUUUUUGGCUUGUAGUCAUCCGGAAAAUAGAAGCAGUCUGACAAAAAUGGAAGAAUGGCCUGAGUGGAUCUUGGAGAUUUUGAUCUCGAAUUAUGAGAAAGAUGCUGGGAAACAGUCUGCUUCAGCGGGUUCUUCUGAGGUAGAAGAUCUAAUUCACAACUUCUUGAUCAUAAUGUUGGAACAUUCAAUGCGCCAAAAAGAUGGUUGGAAGGAUAUCGAGGCUACAAUUCAUUGUGCAGAGUGGCUUUCUAUCGUUGGUGGUUCUAGCACUGGAGAGCAAAGAAUUAGGCGUGAGGAGUCAUUACCAAUUUUCAAAAGAAGACUUUUUGGUGGUUUGCUAGACUUUGCUGCCAGAGAACUGCAGGCUCAGACUCAAGUUAUUGCUGCAGCAGCUGCUGGUGUUGCUGCAGAGGGUCUAGCACCAAAAGAUGCAAAGGCUGGAGCAGAAAAUGCUGCUCAGCUUUCUGUCUUUCUGGUGGAAAAUGCAAUCGUGAUUUUGAUGCUCGUCGAAGAUCAUUUGAGGUUACAAAGCAAACAAACUUGUACAACAAAUGCAGUUGAUGCUUCUCCGUCUCCUCUUUCUCUUGUUUCUCUUAAAAAUCGUACAAGCACACUGACAGCGAUCGGAGAAUCGUCAGAGAUUUCUAGCAGUCGCGCUUCACUGUCAAGUGAUUCAGGGAAGGUCCCUUUGGAUAUACUCGCUUCAAUGGCUGAUUCAAGUGGACAGAUUUCUGCAGUCGCAAUGGAGCGCCUUACUGCUGCCUCUGCAGCUGAACCUUAUGAAUCUGUUUCCUGUGCUUUUGUUUCAUAUGGUAGCUGUGCCAUGGAUUUGGCUGAGGGUUGGAAGUAUAGGAGUCGAUUGUGGUAUGGUGUUGGCUUUCCCCCUAAAACUAGUUCUUUUGGUGGUGGUGGCAGUGGUUCAGACUCUUGGAAAUCUACUUUAGAAAAAGAUACUCAUGGAAACUGGAUUGAACUUCCCUUGGUUAAAAAAUCUGUAUCCAUGCUUCAAGCUUUGCUGUUAGAUGAGUCCGGACUCGGAGGUGGCCUUGGAAUAGGUGGAGGAUCUGGUACUGGGAUGGGAGGGAUGACAGCCCUCUACCAGUUGCUGGACAGUGAUCAGCCUUUCUUAUGCAUGCUUCGAAUGGUGCUUCUGUCUAUGAGGGAAGAAGACUAUGGUGAAGAUAAUAUGCUAAUGAGAAAUCUAAGUUCUGAACGUUCUUCCGGGAAUUCAGGUACAUUAGAUAGCGGUUCUCUAAUGUCUAUGCGACAAUCCCGAUCAGCUUUAUUGUGGAGUGUGCUCUCUCCUAUCCUAAACAUGCCAAUAUCCGAUUCAAAGAGGCAGAGAGUACUGGUUACUGCCUGUGUUCUCUAUUCUGAGGUAUGGCAUGCUAUCAGCAGAGACAGAAGACCACUUCGUAAGCAGUAUAUAGAGGCUAUUUUACCACCAUUUGUUGCAGUCCUCCGGAGAUGGCGACCUCUUUUGGCUGGCAUUCAUGAACUUGCCACUGCUGAUGGUAUGAAUCCCCUUGUCGUUGAUGAUCGUGCCUUGGCUGCUGAUGCGCUUCCCGUUGAGGGUGCUCUUUCUAUGGUUACUCCGGAGUGGGCUGCUGCUUUUGCUUCACCGCCUGCUGCAAUGGCUCUAGCAAUGAUAGCUGCAGGGGCAGCUGGCUGGGAAGCCCCGCCACCUCCUACAGCUUCACAUUUUAGGCGAGACUCUUCUAUGCUUGAGCGUAAGACUGCCAAACUUCAGACCUUUUCAAGCUUCCAGAAACCACUGGAGCCUCCAAACAACAAUGCACCACCUCGACCAAGGGAUAAAGCUGCUGCAAAAGCGGCAGCUUUGGCAGCUGCACGAGAUCUUGAACGGAAUGCAAAGAUUGGUUCAGGAAGAGGUCUGAGUGCUGUUGCAAUGGCUACUUCUGCGCAGCGGAGGAAUAUCGGUGACAUGGAGCGUUUACAGAGAUGGAACACUUCCGAAGCUAUGGGAGUGGCAUGGAUGGAAUGUCUCCAACCAAUGGAUACAAAAUCAGUUUAUGGAAAAGAUUUCAAUGCUUUGUCGUACAAAUUUAUUGCUGUACUGGUGGCAAGUUUUGCUUUAGCACGUAACAUGCAAAGAUCAGAGAUUGAUAGGCGUAUGCAAGAUGAUAUCAUUGCGGCAACUCGCCUAUGCUUCGGAAGCCGUGGUUGGCGCAAAUUAAUUCGUUACUUGGCAGAAAUGAGAUGCUUUUUUGGGCCUUUUGGAGAUGAAAUAUGCAGCCCUGAACGCGUUUUUUGGAAACUUGAUUCUAUGGAAAGCUUUUCAAGGAUGAGACAGUGUAUAAGGAGGGAUUAUUCUGGGACUGAUCAUCUCGGGUCAGCAGCAAACUAUGACGAUCAGACAGACACAAAAAGUGAUAAUGGUAGCAAGGGUUCUGCAUCGAAUCCUCCUGUUCUUGCUGCUGAAGUUAUAUCAAUGGAAAUAGCGUAUGAAGAUGAUGAACAUGGAGAGGGUGAUCAUCUUGAUAUCAAAGGCCAUGCUGAAGAACAUAGAAGGGAAAAUGAAGAGAGAAUAUCUGGUUCACAUGAGCAUGCAUCCAGAAAUUCAGCAGGGACUAGUGAUCCUCGAACUUCAAAUGACCAUGAAAUGGUCCGAGAUUCUUCAGCAGUAGCACCUGGCUUUGUUCCCAGUGAAGUUGAUGAAAGGAUCCUUCUUGAGUUUCCCACAUCAAUGGUCCGGCCACUAAGGGUUGUGAAAGGAACCUUUCAAAUUACAACACGGAGGAUAAAUUUUAUUGUUGACAACAGAGAAAGCCAGAAUUUGACUGAUCACUCUUAUGGAUCCCAAUCACGUGACCAAGAAAAGGAUCGUAGUUGGCCAAUGUCUUCUCUUCAUCAGAUUUAUAGCCGGAGAUAUCUCCUGAGAAGGAGCGCCUUGGAACUCUUUAUGGUUGACCGUUCAAACUUCUUUUUUGAUUUUGGGAAUACUGAGGGAAGAAGAAAUGCAUAUCGAGCUAUCGUUCAAGCAAGGCCUCCUCACUUGAACAAUGUUUACCUAGCAACUCAGAGGCCUGAACAGCUUUUGAGAAGAACUCAGUUAAUGGAGCGAUGGGCUAGAUGGGAGAUUAGCAAUUUUGAAUACUUAAUGCAGCUUAACACGUUGGCUGGCCGUAGUUAUAAUGACAUUACUCAGUAUCCUGUUUUUCCGUGGAUUAUUUCUGACAACAGUUCAGAAAGUCUAGACCUUUCAAAUCCAUCUACCUUCAGAGAUCUUUCGAAGCCAAUUGGUGCAUUGAACCCAGAGCGUCUCAAAAAAUUUCAAGAGCGAUAUUCUAGCUUUGAAGAUCCAGUUAUUCCCAAAUUCCACUAUGGCUCACAUUACUCAAGUGCUGGAGCAGUAAGUUAUCUUCUCUAUAAUAUCCUACCACUAUUACUGCCAUUCCCAGUUUAA